AUGGCUCCCGUCAAGUCUACCAUCACCAAAAAGUCCAAGUUCGUCAUUGAUUGCUCUGCUCCUGCCAAUGACAAGAUCUUUGAUACUGCUGCAUUUGAAAAGUUCUUGCAUGAUCGCAUCAAGGUCGAAGGUCGCACCAACAACUUGGGUGAUGCGAUUACCAUCUCCCGAAAUGAUAACAAGGUCAUUGUCGUUGCUACCAUCCCCUUCUCCAAGCGUUACCUCAAGUACCUUACCAAGAAGUUCUUGAAGAAGAACCAAAUCCGCGACUGGUUGCGUGUGAUUGCUAGUGAUAAGCAGACCUUUGAAUUGCGUUACUUCAACAUUGCCAAUGAUGAAGAUGAUGGCGAGGACGAGGAGUAA